AUGGCCGAUAAGGCAGCCAAGCAGGACCAGACUGUCAUCCUGGUCACCGGUGCCAACAGUGGUCUCGGUUUUUCGAUCUGUUGUCGCUUAGCGGACGAGUUCCUGAACGCUUCUCAGAGUACCGCCCACCAGUUCUUGACCAUCAUCUUCACCACUCGGAGUAUCCGAAAAGGGGAAGACACUCUCCAUCGCCUGAAAGACCAUCUACGGAGUACCUGGACCUAUUCGGCUGCGGCAACACGAGUGACCUUUGUCCCCGAGAAUGUCGACCUGUCCAAUCUCCUCUCCGUUCGGGCCCUCUCUCACCGACUGCAGCAAACAUACUCCAAGCUAGACGCCAUCCUACUUAAUGCCGGUGUGGGCGGCUGGACGGGCAUCGACUGGUUCAGAGCCAUCUGGGAUAUCUGCACCGACCCUGUGCAUGCGGUUACCUGGCCGGCAUACAAGCUCGCACCCGCCGGCGUGGUGACCGAUCCUCAAACCGCGCAGACGGAGCAAGAGCCCCGAUUGGGGGCUGUCUUCUGCGCCAAUGUCUUUGGUCACUACAUGCUCGCACACAAUGUUAUGCCGCUACUGAGACGGUCAGACCACCCCGGUCGAGUCAUCUGGGUGUCCAGCAUCGAGGCAACAUUGAAGUUCUUCGAUGUCGACGACUUCCAGGGCCUGCGCACCAUAACUCCCUACGAGUCCUCCAAAGCAUUAACCGAUAUCCUGGCUCUGACGGCCGACCUCCCUAGUUCCGCCCCCUGGGUUAAGAGUUUCUACGGAAUUGAUGACAACGUCCCAAACAAUAAAGACAACGACAACGAUAACGACCACCCCCUUCUCUCCACCCCGAACAUGUACCUCACGCACCCCGGAAUCUGUGGCACCAGUAUCCUUCCUCUCCCACUACCGCUGUUUUACCUGAUGCUCUCGGCAUUCUGGCUUGCCCGCCUGCUUGGUUCCCCCUGGCAUACCCUCUCCACGUAUAUGGGUGCUUGUGCCCCGGUCUGGCUCGCCCUAGCUACACAGUCCGGCUUGGAUGAGGCGGAGUCGCCGUACCGACGUCAUGGCGGGGGACGAGCGAAAUGGGGAUCAUCCUGCGGACUCUUUGGGCCUGAUCGUCCUGCGUCCACCGAGGUUGAUGGAUGGGGCCACGGCGGGGUCGUUGGACCUGCCGUGGUGGAUGAAGACCGAACUCGUCGUCGGAAGAGAGGCGCGCAGGAUCUCACAGCGGAAGAGAAGGUGAAUUUUGAGGAACUGGGUCGCAAAUGUUGGCAGCAAAUGGAGGAGUUGCGGCUCCAAUGGGAUCUGCUUCUCGAUCAGGCGGAAGAGCAGUCUGGUUCUAAUUAA